AUGAAGGUCAUCACUAUCAAUGGCAACUCUCUCGACCCCGACGCCCCAACCCUUCGUAACUUCGGUCUUGUACAUGAGACUGCCAAGGACUCCGACUACAUCCUGAUCCAAACGAACAGUCCUCUUACCAACGAUAUCAAGAAGGAGCUUACCGACAAGAAAGUAGUUAUCCAGGAGAAAGUAUCGGAUGACACUUACCUGUGCGGAUAUAAGCCUGAGGAUCUCUCCCAAAUCCGGGCAUUGCCCUACAUCACCUAUGCGAACAUCUACCAGCCGCACUUUGUCAUUGACUCGCACCUCAAACAGACCCCGGCAUCGUCCUCGCCAGCAAGCCCAAUUCUCCCAGCACCGGCUCCUACUUCGCACCCUGUGAUGGUAGAUGUCGAGUUCCAGCCGGAUGUUACUGACACGCCGGGACUGGUUAAGUCGUUGGCAACCGCAGCGCACUUGGACCCGGAGACUCUGACCACGGAGCGCCACAAAGCGCGCAUCUUGGUGCAACACCGCUACCUGUCUGAUCUGGCCGCACUGGACUCAGUCAAGAGCAUCCACGAGGCCCAUCCCAUCAAGCUGCACAACAAUAUCGCCCGCGAACUCCUGCGCGCCGACGACGUCAAACAUGUCGCCAACGGCACCCGGUACGAAGGCGAGGGCCAGACGGUCUGCGUCUCCGAUACUGGGUUCGACAAGGGCUCUCUUGAUCCUGAUCAGGUGGCCGACGCCUUCAAGAACGGCAACGAUGUCCGCGUUGAUGCCCUGUAUGCUCUCGGCCGCAAGGCGACCCGCAACGCCGACGGUACCGAGGUCGCAGGUACAUCAUCCGACCCCGACGGCCACGGGACGCACGUCUGUGGUUCCGUGCUCGGCGACGGUAUCUCGGCCACCAUGGGAGGGCGCAUCCAGGGCACCGCGCCCAAGGCCAGGCUGGUAAUGCAGUCGCUGCUUGAUACGCGCGGCGCCCUCGGUGGCAUCCCUGAUGAUCUGAGGGAGCUGUUCCUGCCGCCCUACAAAGACCACCACGCGCGGAUCCACAGUAAUAGCUGGGGCGCUGCCCCGCGGCCCUGGUUCCAGAUCAGAUACGACAACAGCGCAAAGGAGAUCGACACCUUCGUCGCCACUAACCGUGACAUGGUGAUCCUCUUCGCAGCGGGCAAUGACGGCAUGGACGUCAAGCCUAACGACGGGAAGGUUGACCUCGCGCAGGUCAUGUCCCAGGCUGCCGCCAAGAACUGCAUCUCUGUCGGCGCCUCGGAGUCCCUCCGGCCGGAGCAGAACAGGCGCUACUCUAUGUUCGGCUUCUCCAAGCAGCCACUGGCAUCAGAUAAUGUCGCUAAUGAUGCAGAGGGAAUGGCGGCUUUCUCUUCCCGCGGUCCAACGGCCGAGGGCCGGAUUAAGCCCGAUGUCGUGGCUCCGGGGACCUGCAUUCUCUCCACCCGCAGCUCUGCCCCUGGAGUCACCACUUCCCAGGGAUGGGGGCUCAGUAAAGACGAUAAUUACAUGUUUGAGGGGGGCACUUCCAUGGCUACCCCCCUGGUCGCCGGCUGCUGUGCGGUACUCCGUGAGACCCUUGAAAAAAAUGGAACUAUUAACCCCAGCGCGGCACUUAUUAAGGCCCUCCUUAUCAACGGCGCCGUUGAGCUGGCGGGGCAGUAUAACCCCACCGAGGCAGGAAAGAGCCCCAACUACGCGAGCGGAUGGGGGCGCGUUGACAUCGCCAACAGUGUAGUAUUUCCCGGCUGUCCUACAGGUGCUACGGACGGAACCAAGGUCACGGCCGAUGGAAACGCCGGCUUUCGUGAUGAGAUUCCCGGUAAGGGUCUAGACACCUUUGAAGAAUUCAAGUUCAUUAUUCCUAUUAUGGCCCGUACUGCAUCUACAACUCCCUCCCGGACCCUCAAGGUCACGCUGGUCUGGACCGACCUGCCUGGCGAAAAGCUGCAGAACGACCUCGAUCUGAUCGUUGUAGCUCCCGAUGGUGCCACUGAGCGGCACGGUAAUAAGGGAGCAAGGAGCUUCCCGUAUAAGGAGACCGAGACGCGUAACAGGGAGGGGAAGGCGGUUCCAACGGUGGCACAUGGCAACGAGCCGUAUGAUCGGAAGAACAAUGUCGAGCAGGUCGUGUGGGAGGGUGUACCGGUAGGCAAGGUGACGGUUAUUGUGCGGGGUCAUAACGUGACCUCAAUGGACAGGCAGACGUUUGCGCUGGCUUGGAAGGUUUAUUAUUAG